GUGAGGUUAGAAUCACACAUCAGUCAAAACAUAACAGCAUUGCUUUUAUUUACCGCAUUGUUUUGUGUGGUUUGGUACGAUUAGCGGAUUUUUGUAGUAUUUUCAUUAGUUUUGGUGGAUUCUCUUGCGGGAAAAUGGAUCAAGGGAUUUUGGACAACUUUCAAACGGUCGUCCAUGAACUGUUCAUUCGAUGGGAGGCCCUCAAAUUGGCAGUUCAACACACAGAUCGACACGAUGGACAACAGGCCGCCAGAACGAUGAGAGACGAUAUCUUCCAAUACUGCAUAAAUUACGAUGUUGAGCCAGAAGAUCUGGAAGUGGAGCUGAGCGAUAGAAUAGACGAGGUGUUCAACACAAUUUGCGAGGAUAACUCGACUAAAGAAUUAAGUCACCUGUUGUUGAAUUAUUUGAAACUGUGUUUGGAGAGUAAAUUCGAUGAAGUGCGACAUCACAUAGGUCAAUUACCAAAUUGUGUCAAUUGGUUGGACCCGAAUUUCAAAAUCACUCCAGCGCCCAGAGAUGACAGUGAUUCUGACUCGGAUAGUGGCAGUGACGAGGACAUGGAAGUGAGUAGUGAUGAUGAAGCGCCUCCUCUAGCCGGACCCAGUCAGCGCCAAAGAAAUAAGCCACAAACCGAUGAAGAGGGCUGGACGACAAUCCCAUCGCGACGUCGAUAGUUCUAACUAAAAAAAACUCCUAAGCUAAUUGUUCAAAUAAAACUGCAAUUGAUCUGUAAAUAAAACCCGAACGUUCUAAUUUGCUUUUUGACAAAGCGUUUUAAGAACUCACGUAAUUUA